AUGCGGCUUGUACGCUCAUUUUUGGCGAGCAUCUUGCUUCUGGCAAGUGUCUCUGCCACAGCUUUGGAAGUUCGUGCAGAUGAAGUUGAGAAUUCCGAUUCUGGGAGAGUCAUUACCUUGACCAGAACUAAUUAUCAUACUGUUUGCCCCUGCACUACCGCUCUUUUAUCUUCUCCCACCACCAGCAGCUCUUUGGAAUCCAACACAGGAGAGUCUGAUAAGUCUACCAACAACUCUGACAAGUCUGUCAAUACCUCUGGCAAUGAAUCAAGCUCCAACUCAGACUCUGGCUCAAACAAAGGGCAGGAAUAUACCACUUCGACUGUUUAUACCUCUCAUGUCCACACUGUAACUGCUUGUCCGUCUUCGGUCAAGAAUUGCCCCAGUUCAGAAAAAACCACUUACGUGACGACUGAAACUGUCAUUGACUACACGACGGUCUGCCCCGUUGCUGAAUCUGCUUCGCGAACCGGUGUUACCACGAAGCCCGCUGAAACUGGGUCAUCACAGACGCUCACUCGCGCUGGAGGAGAUGAAUACACUACCUCUACCGUCUAUACCACUCGUGUGAGCACUGUGACUGCCUGCCCAUCCUCCGUCAAGGACUGCCCAGCAUCUGAGAGAACGACAUAUGUAACUACGGAUACUAUCAUUGAUUACACAACUGUCUGUCCAGUCACUGCCACUGCGACAAAUUCGGGUGUUAGACCUAUACAAACGGACCACGCCUCUACCUCUGCCUCUGCCUUAGUCUCUGGCUCUCAUUCUGGCCAUAAAAAUGGUCAUGGGCACGGCCACGGCCACGGCCAUGGUCAUGGCUCUAGCUCGGGCGCAUCGAGUAGCAUCACUCACAGCGACUCGUCGCACUCUUCGUCGGCACCUUUGCAGACUAGCUCAGUUUUUGGGUCAGGCUCGGUUGCCUCAAGUAGCAUCUACGGCAACUCCCAGCGUACUUCAUCAACGUCUCUGCAAGCUUCUGGUUCUGGCACUCUUUCACCCUCCCGCUCUAUUCAACGUGCCAGCUCGACCCCUGUCAUCAAGUCCAGCGCAUCUGCGUCCCCAUCCGCAACUCUCGAGCCGUUGGCUUUGUAUGUUGAGCCCGUUCAAUCGAAAAGAAAGCGUCAGACCUACAACACGGCCGUCUUGAUCGGUGCUGGAUCCCUCACAGCCAGCUGUGACAACGCAGAUCGGUUCUAUCUCACCGGAGGCCAUCUUUAUGAUGGAAGCCUGCUUGUGGCUGUCAACACGAACGUGUCCAGUGCGUUGUUCGUGGGAACCACUUCCCCGGGACCAAUUCGAGGCACAUUCGCUGUUGCUGAUGGCAUUCUCUCCUGGACCAAUUCAAACUUUAACAACGGCGCCGCCUCUUUCUGUGUCUCUGGUAACACUGUUCGCGCUAUCUUCAGCGGUGACACACCCUCUAGCUGCGCUCCCGUUACUAUUGCCGCUGUCAAGUACUCUCAACUGUGCCCUGGAGGUACUGCGACAACCAGCCUCAGCCCGGUUAGCUCGGGCACGCCCUCUUCGACGGCUAUUCCCAAGUGCUCUACCAACUCGGACCCGGAACUAAGCACCGCUGUGCUGCCAGCUCUUGACCCCAGUGUCGAUGGUUCCGCCCUCCUCGAUUUGUCUCCCUCGAUGUAUGCGACUCUCUACUAUGCUAGCCCCUCGGGCUCGACCAUUCUUCAGGUGACCUACUACAUGCUAUAUCCCCAGGUAACCCUAGAGAAUGCGUACAAGAUUGCCAAGGUGACUUGCUCUGGCAAUAGCUUGACCGUCAAAGUGACCACUGCUGCUGCUUUCAACAUUGUCAGCCAGUGGCCCACGAAGAACUUCAUUCUGAUCACCAACUCCGGAAGCUGCAACUCGGCCUCUCAACGAGGAGUCUACAUGGUCACUUCAUACACCGCGGACAUUUCUAGCCUCACAAUCACCCUUGAUGUCAAGACCAAGGUUUGGGCCGAUGUCUCGAACACUAUGGAGGUCGCCUACGGCGUCGGACGUGUGAACUCUACCAGCGUCUCCUACACUCCAUCCUGUACAGCAUCUUAUCCCGCAGCCAGCAGCUCUGCAGCUGUGAGCAAUGGCUCGGUCUCCUACGAGGAUCUGACCCCCGAGGAGAAGAAUGUCGUUGCUUAUCUGACUCGCAACAAUACAUAUGAUGCCAAUGGUAACAUCGCCGUCACCAUGCCCGCUAUCACUGCGAAUGCCACGGAUCCAGUCUAUAACCCAGACUCCAACUCCACGCAGCAAGCCUCGCUCGAGGAUGCCCUACAGAAUGCAGGCCUUCCAUCACCAGAUUCUCUGUGGAACAAAACCGCCAGCGAUCUCGCUGGCCACUGCUCCAAUGGUGCUUAUGUUCCAGCGACGACCGUCUACACUAAGCGGACGCCUCAUUUCCCCGGUCGGUCCUACCACCCCAAAUUGCAUAACCGCCACCGUCGUGGCAUGCUUGCCAAGCGCAGUGGGCUCGAUGACGAGUCGUGGUGGGAGUUGCUCUGGGAUGGUGCCUGCAGUGACCUCGCUGGCGAAAUUCUUGACGCCCUUGACGAGGAACUGGGGGCUCUUGCAGAGCUCAUUUGCGAUUUGAAAGAUCUGUAUGAUACAGUCGAGGAGGCUUACGCCAACCGUGACGCGAUCGAGUGUACUUGGACUGGUUGCUACCUUGACGUCGUCGUCGCGACCUACUGGAACUACACCUACACUGCUAGUGUAGACUAUCAACUCCCAGCGCAGCCGUUGGUUCAAUCCUCCGUCGGCACACUCAGCUGCAUUGACUGUGGUCUGAGCAUCUCCAACCUUGAAUUCGUGGGCAGUGUCAUGAUUAGCACUUCCUCGGGUAAGGUCAUGAGUGCAUUCAUGACGCCUACGGUGAGCUGGACCGGAAACCUCGUCAUGGGUCUCGAGACCACGGAUGCCUGGUCUGGGGAAUGGACAUAUAACUUCGACACCAUCCAGUUCAACGAGCCAAUCUCGGUCCCUGGAGAGUUCACCAUCACACCAUCAUUGAUGUACAGUCUAGGAGUCCAGUGGUCAACCACCGCAGCCGUCGACUUCACUGCGGGUGCCACCAUCAGCGUGGACAGUGGCUCGGUCUACCUAGACUUUGCCAACAAUGCCGCAUCCCAGGCUAAAAACUGGUCGCCCACCGUGGAGUACACUUACCCAGUCUUCUCCACCUCUGCAGACGUCUCGUUUGUGCCUAUCAUGAGAUCAUCGCUCGCCAUUGAGGUGGUGAUCGAGAACGCACCCUACGGCCAUCAGCCCGUCUACAUCAACUCUGACACGGCCAUCGGUUUCAAUGCUGCCAUUGUCCUAAACGACGGCGAAACUUGCAGUGCUGGCGAGCUUGAGUUGACCUCCUACUCCAGCGUGAACAACGAAGUUCUUUUCACUGGUGGCUCCACCACUAUUCUCUCCCAGUCCGGCGAUGUUGCCGGCCAAACCAAGUGCUUCAAUGUCCCCAACGACAUCCCCACAGCGGACGAGGUCAGCUCCCUUCGGAGCGUUGGUGGUGCCUUCUGUACCUCCUAUCUCGGCUAUGUGGCUCCCACCUCCGUUGCAUACGGCAUCACUACACGCACUGGGCUCUCGACCACGCAGACCACCAAGCCAACCACCAUCUCGACCACGUCUACCGUCUACGAGUACCCCACCGUCACUACUGUCUUCACACAGACUACCACGGUCGACGCAACCUCCUAUGUGACUGUGUCUGGCUCUCAAUCCCUCGGAGACUCCUAUAUGAAGAAGCGAGCCCUUGAAACUGGCUCCCCCAUCAAGAAGCGUUCCACCAACAACAACAAUGCUGUCGCUCCCCAGCCCACCAUGGCCGCCGACCUCGCCAAGCGCACCGUCGCAGAACCUGCCAUGAUCUCUACUUGGGAUUCCAGCAAGAUCUCCCUCGCCUGCUCCCAGGUCGCCACAGGCACAGUCACGAAAACUUUCUACACCUCCACGGCAACCGCUUACUCCGGCACUGUCGUGAAUACCGUAUACAGCACCGUCGAUGCCCUCGGCGCUCUCGAAACUGAGACCUUCACUCGCGUCGUUGUCUCUCAAACCGCGACCACUGUCACCGGGACUCAGACCGCCACAGCUACCACUGCGGCCAGCUGCCCUCUCCAAACCCAAGUGUCCUGCUUCACCAUCACCGCAAGCGGGCCCGACCACAUCAACGGAAAACAGCUCUACCUGUCCAACAACAGCUCUUCCCCAGUCUGGGGUGGCUGGGGCGCUGGCUACGAGGUUGGUGUCUUCUACCUGACCUGCGCAGGCGACCUCGUCGCGCUCCCCUCAAUGGACGUCCUCAUCCCCACGACGGAAAUGUGGGUAGAAUUCGACAGCUUCUCCUCCUCGAGCUCUAAGCAAAGCUGUUCAAAGGAUUCUUCCUCUGGUAUCCUCAGCUGUGGAAGUGGUUGGUAUUCUACCUCGCCAGUGGCACUGCGUUACACGGAUUUCCGCGCGUACAGUGGAGAUUGGCACCCUGUUUGGAAUGAUGGGACGAAUGAGGAUACGUUGACGCCGGUGGUUCUGACAUAUGAUACUGUGGAUUGUCCUUGUCAGUAUUAG